AUGCGUCUCGCCCACCGUCUAUUCAUGGCCACGCCGGCUGCCAUCGGCUCAAAAUCCAGUUUGAGUGAGGCGCUCGCCCUCCUCCCGCCCCUCUACCUUUAUCGUCGCAUCUUGCGCGUCCACCGCAGGCUGGACCCGGAAAUGCGCGUGCUUGGCGAUUCAUACGUGAAGAAGGAAUUUCGGGCGCAUCGGACUGCAGAGAACCCCUUACAUAUCAUUGGCUUCCUAACUGAGUGGCAGCUCUACGCCCAGAAGUUAGAAGGGGAUAACUGGGCGGGAGAAAGGCUUGACAAAUCGAAGCUAGACAAGAUGAGUGAUCAGCAACUCGGUCAGCUCUUUGAGCUCAUGCAGGCUAUACGGAACGAGGGAGGAGAAGAACACCAAUGA